UUUUAAUUCAGGAGAAAAAAAAGUGAAAAAAAAAACACACAACAACGGGAAAAAAAAUCCGAUUUUCAAAAUCAAAUUCAAUCAAACAAACGAAAACAAUAACAAAUGGCGGCCGUAUCACCAACAUUAUUGGCCGUACUGACUAUCGGUGUUGUUGCAUUAAUUUUGGGCAUUUUUAUUGGAAUGUAUACAUUACCACCGACAAUGACACCGGAAAAUGCAGCUAUUGUUAAUGAAUAUAAACGUUUAAUCAAAAAUUAUUAUCAACAACCCCAACAACAACAAAAUAAUGAUAAUGAUAAUGAUCAUGAAAUGAUUGAAGAUCCUGUAUAUCAGGCAUUGAUUCAUGGACCAGAUCCAGAAAGUAUUAGGAAAAAUAUUCAAUUAUUAUCGAUAACACCACAUCAAUCAGGUACAAAACGUGAUGAAGAAUUGGCACAAUUUUAUCGUAAUACAUUUCGUGAAGCUGGUCUUGAUCGUUCAUAUUUAAUAUCAUAUAAAGUUUUAUUAUCAAAAACAAAUCCUGAUCGUCCAAAUCGAAUAUAUUUAAAUGAUAAAUCAACAAAUGCUGUUUAUAUUAUUGAUAAUCAAGAACCACCAUUACGGCCAGAUGAAAGUAAUACAAUACCAUCAUAUAAUGGUUGGUCACCAAGUGGUGAUAUUAUUGGUGAACCUGUUUAUUGUAAUUAUGGUUUAUUAGAAGAUUUUCUUCAACUUGAUAAUGCUCGAAUUGAUUUGAAUGAUAAAAUUUGUAUUAUACGUUAUGGUCGUAUAUUUCGUGGUAAUAAAGUUGCAAAUGCUCAACGUUUUGGUUGUUCAGGUGUUAUAUUUUUUAAUGAUCCUGAAACAAUGUCACCAUUUAGUCAGGAACCAGAAUCAUUAUAUCCAAAUUCAAUUUGGUUAAAUGGUAAAGCAAUGCAAAGUGGUAGUAUACGUUUAAAUGAUGGUGAUCCUUUAACGCCUGGAUAUCCAUCCAUUAUCGAUGGAUUUCGUGAAAAUAUUAAUGAUAAUGAUCAUUUACAAUCAUCAUUACAUCUGCCACAAAUACCAAGUCAACCAAUCGGUUAUGAUGAUGUACAAAUGAUAUUUUCACAAAUGACCGGAAUGAGCACUGAAGAUGAUAUCAGAUUUCAAAAUUGGACGGGUAAAUUAAAUGUUACCUAUCGUUUAGGUCCUGGAUUUCAAUCACCAAGUUUAGAAUUACGAAUGGUAAUCAACAAUGAAAUGGUUGAAAAAAUUGUACAUAAUGUUAUUGGCGUAUUGGAUGGUAAUAUUGAACCAGAUCGUUAUAUUAUUAUUGGUAAUCAUCGUGAUUCAUGGAGUUAUGGUGCAUUAGAUGCAUCUAGUGGUGGUACAUCAAUGUUAGAAAGUGCAAAAAUAUUUGGUAAAUAUCAUCGUGAAACUGGUUGGCGACCGAGACGAUCAUUAAUAUGGGCUAGUUGGGCUGCAGAAGAAUUAGGUCUUAUUGGUUCAACUGAAUGGACUGAACAAUUUGCUCAAUUACUUCAACGUGAAGCUAUUGCAUAUAUUAAUGCUGAUGUUUGUGUUACUGGUCCAUAUUUAGAUCCUGAUGCAUCACCAUCUUUAGCACAAAUUUUAAUCGAUGCAACUAAACGAGUUCCAGCUCAUAAAAUCAAUGAUGAUAAUGAAUCAAUAUCAAAAUCAAAUCAAACAUUAUUCGAUAUUUGGCAAGCAAAUUCCAUUAAUAAUGAUGUUCGUGUUGAAAUACUAAGUUCUGGUUCGGAUCAUGUACCGUUUGCAUAUGGUCUUGGUAUUCCAUCGAUUAAUUUACAUUUUAAACAUGAUAAGAAAAAAUAUCCAAUCAGUAGCUAUCCAGCAUAUCAUACCAAUUAUGAUACAUUCUAUAUGGUCAAAAAAUUUAUAGAUCCAGAUUUUAGUAUACAUCAAUCCUGUACACGUUUGAUUAAUAUAUUACUAUAUUCACUAUCAUGUUCCACUAUUAUUCCGGCAAAUUUUUAUCAUUUAUCACAACAAAUUCUUAAUGAUUAUAAUCAACAAUCAAUUGAUCAACAAUUAAGAAAUAUAAUUGGUAAUGAAGAUCAAAAAUCAAUAAAUUUUCUACAUGAAUCAAUGAAAAUAUUUGAUAAUGCUACUGAACAAUGGCAAAAUGAAAUGAAAAAUUUUAAUCUAACUGAUCAACCAUUAGCUAUACGACAAAUAAAUGAUUUAAUAAUAUCUAUUGAACGGUCAUUUGCAACUAAAUUAUUACCACUUGAUGGAAAUCAUGAAAUAAGAAAUCUUUUAUAUGGAACAUUAUCAACAAAUUUCUAUCAAACAUUAUUAUUUCCAGGUGUUACAAAUUUAAUAGCUGAAAUUCAUAAUCAACAUUGGAUAAAAACACAACAAAAUGGUCUGACACGUAAAGAAUUGAAUGAAAUUGAUCAACAAAUUAAUCAUUUAAAACAAACACUGAGACGACAUCUGAAUGAUAUAUCAUUAUCAUUACGAAAUGCAGCAAAAUUAUUACGACGAAAUAUCAAACCAAUCAUAUAA